CGUCGGAUAUAUAUGAGCGCAGGCGGCGGGAUCUCUCUCCCUUUUACCGCCAUCUGAGCGGAGUCUCUUUCUUCCCCGGGACUCCUUCGUUGCGCAGCGCCGCUCAUACAGCCCAGCCUCUGGCCACAAGAAAGAAGCAAAACCUGAGACUCAGCUAAGAUGGCAGACAUUGAUAACAAAGACCAGGCUGAGGUGGACCCGGCAGACAUGGAAGAUGUGGAGGAUGUAGAAGAGGAGGAGACUGGAGAAGAUGAAAACAGCAAAGCUCGCCAGCUUACUGUGCAGAUGAUGCAGAAUCCACAGAUCCUGGCUGCGUUGCAGGAGAGGCUGGAUGGUCUGAACGGCUCACCAUCGGGGUACAUGGAGAGUUUACCAAAGGUUGUGAAGAGACGGGUUAACGCCCUCAAGAACCUGCAGGUCAAAUGUGCUCACAUCGAAGCAAAGUUCUACGAAGAAGUACAUGCACUGGAGAGAAAGUAUGCAGCCCUCUACCAACCUCUCUUUGACAAAAGAAGUGACAUAGUGAAAGCAGCUUAUGAGCCCACAGAUGAGGAGUGUGAAUGGAAGGCAGAUGAGGAGGAAGAGCUCACAGUAAGUAAACAGGAUGAAAUGAAGGACAAGGCCAAGUUGGAUGAAGAGAAGAAGGACGAGGAGAAGGAAGAUCCCAAAGGCAUCCCAGAGUUCUGGUUAACGGUUUUCAAAAACGUGGACUUGCUCAGUGACAUGCUGCAGGAGCAUGAUGAACCCAUACUAAAACAUUUACAAGAUAUUAAAGUAAAAUUCUCAGAUCCAGGGCAGCCUAUGAGCUUCACAUUAGAAUUCCACUUCGAACCCAAUGACUUCUUUACAAAUACAGUGUUGUCAAAAACCUACAAGAUGAGGUCAGAACCUGAUGAGAAUGACCCCUUCUCCUUCGACGGACCAGAGAUCAUGUCCUGCACAGGUUGUACGAUUGACUGGACAAAGGGCAAGAACGUAACAUUGAAAACAAUCAAGAAAAAACAGAAGCACAAGGGUCGCGGCACAGUAAGGACGGUCACCAAAACGGUCCCCAACGACUCCUUCUUCAACUUCUUCACCCCACCAGAAGUUCCAGAAAAUGGAGAACUGGACGAGGACUCGGAGGCAGUUUUGGCUGCAGACUUUGAAAUCGGUCACUUCAUCCGCGAGCGCAUCGUACCUCGAGCUGUGCUCUACUUCACUGGGGAGGCCAUAGAGGAUGACGAUGAUGAUUAUGAUGAAGAAGGAGAAGAGGCAGAUGAUGAGGAAGGUGAAGAGGAGGCAGAUGAAGAGAAUGACCCUGACUAUGAUCCCAAGGUUUAAAUGGUGACUGUAGAAAAAUAACCCUAUCCUGAAGGAUGCAGCCCCCCCAGCUGAGUGCAAGCAACAGUGAGGCCUUGCCUGACCACCUUGAGGAUCAACUGCACUGUAACAGCUUCUCAAAUAAAAAAAAAAUAAUAAUAAAAAAUCAAACAAAAAAAAUAGUUACUUAUCGCCUUAUAAUGUUUUGUAUUUUUCUUGGUAGGGAAUUUGAAGAAAAGGUUUCAAAAUUUUUGUUACAAAAUCUCAUGGUAUUAUACUGGAGCUGUUUGGCUCAAUAUAUAUAGUAUUUUACUAGACCUAUUCUUUUUUUUCUCUCUACAAUAAACUAUAGAAAAUAUCUUCCUCAAAAAAAAGCAUGAUCUUGUUUCUUCACUGCUAAACUAGUUUGGGUUCUUGUGAAGUUUUUUGUUGUAUUUGCUCUUAGACAACAGCUGUGGUUUAGACUGCGAUGCAGUGCUGUCAGUUUCGACGCCCUCCUUUCUCCUACCAAAGUUCCAGGUUGGUUGGUUCUGAUCGUCCCAGGUCGUGUUUUUGUUUCAUUUCUUUUUAUUUUAUUUUAUUAACUCUUAGUGGGGCCUUCAGCACUUGGAAAAGCACUGUAGCAUUCCCAACCCUAGAGACGUAGGACAUAUGGGUGACCUGCAGCUGGGUGUCCAUUCCAGUUUAUCCAGUAUUCCUGAGCAUGGGAUCUCAAGUUGAUGUUUGUCCACCUCCUGUGCUACUCACUGCUUUCCACUCGAUACAUUCCAGUAAGCAGUACCAUCAGUGAACCCAGGUCUGCCGCUCGGCAACUGGGCCGACUGUUAAAACGGAUCAAAAUGAAGCUUGUGUCGACUUGCUUGCUCCCAGCUCGGUUGAAUCUCUCGAACAUUCCAGAGAAUUCCUUUGAAGAGGCGAGUGAGAUAUUUUGACAGGAUGGCCGGUCCAGAGGCACCCAGUCCCACUAACCUCACGUUUCAGGCUCCUCAUAAGCGCACUGUGGCGUGACUGUCGUCUUAUCUAUUGCACUUUGUGCUAGUGUGUAGUGUACCAGUGGCGUCCUGUCAUCACUUAGCUGAGUAUUCCUUGUAAGCAGCACUUUGUAUGAUCCCCUCUAUCUAAAGGGCCUAAGGGGUGAAGGCGUAACCCCGCUCUGUGGAGAGUUAAACUUUAGCCAUCUGGUUUAAAGUGCUUGAGCUUUUGUACCAGGGAAGGCACACUUCAAAGGUGCUUUGCAGGAACAAAUGCGAGCAGAUGUAGCACAGGGGACUAAAAAGAUGAAGUGUCUACCUGUCAGAUUCGUAACCCACUCCCAAUCUCACCUUUUUUUUUUUUUUCUUCUGUCUUCCUUCCUUCCUCCCUUUUGUCCCUUAAAGUUUGUGAUCUUUACCUCUUGUCUGGUCAGAUGAGUUGCAGUCCUCAGCCAAACCCUUGAGGUCCUCGUUUCAUUAUUUUUUUCUAAAUCACUGUGAAAGACGGGAAGUGUGAUAAGGCCGCUGUUUCGGCCAGUGACCCACCACCCCCACACCUCAGAUUACUUUGUCACCCAGAAGGCUGCAGAAAGGCAUGUCAGAGCAAUAUGUUUAGCCAAGAGGUAUUACCAAGAGAAAGCCUAGCCUGCCUCCCUUACAAUCCAUUUUAAUGCCUUUCCCCCCCUUUAAGUUACAAAAACAGCCAAGUGCUGGUUGUGUUGGACAGCAUUAUGCCUGCUGUGGAGAGUCAGGGUAUCUCUCAUUCUGCAGGGAGUAUUAGAUAAUGUUCAAACAGAAAAGGACAUGAUGGGGUUUCUGUGGGGUCCUUCUGAGCAGCUGUUGUCAAGGCAAAAUGCUAUGCUACAAAAUACUAAUGUACUCAAUAACUGUACGUGUAUGUUCAUGAAUAAAUUGGUUAAACAUG